AUUCUGCCUUCGGCCUUAGAAUCUAGGAUAAGUUAUUGGAUUGGAAUGGGAUCAGUGAUUGUGAUUCGUUUUGUGAUACUUAUGGGUGAUAAGAUAUGUACAGUUCAGGUUGAUAUUUUGGUUUUUGUUGUUUUGUGUAUUUUGAUUAAUGAUCUUCAUAUAUGGAAAUGCAAGUUUAUGGAUUAAGGGGGCAUUGGGGUUGGCUUGAUUAGCCUUAAUGGUACAGUAAUACAAGAGGUUUCAUUUUCUGGGGCUCUAUGGAUGAAGCAAUUCACUAAUUGUAGGACAUUAUAUGAAGUUCAAAUAUUUGCAUUUUGCUUUGUCGAGAAAAGGUAUUAUUAAAUAUGGGUUGAUUAGGACAUCAAGUUCCAUAUAUUUCUUUCUUUCUAUAUUUUCCGUUCUCUUUUCCCUUUUCUAUCUACCUUUCUGUCAAUGCAAGACUUCGAAAUGGACAAGUUUUUCUUCCCUCCCUGUGAAGGUUUCCACUCUUCAUAAGAGUUCUGAAAGCCAAAUAAACCGUCCCUGCUAAUACAACUACAAAAGGUGGCGUCUUGCAAGUUCACACAUAAUUCAUAAAUUCAAAAUGGAGAGUGCAAGAAUAGGCCAAUGGAUGAACCUUCUGGUGUCUGCGCUGCUAUUGCUGGCAGCAGAAGCUUCUUAUGUACCAAUCACUUAUGUUCAGAACGCGGUAGCAAAAGGAGCAGUUUGUUUGGAUGGGAGUGCACCAGCUUAUCAUUUUGAUAAGGGAUUUGGAAAUGGGAUUCACAGUUGGUUAGUUGCAUUUGAGGGAGGAGGAUGGUGCAACAAUGUCACCACUUGCCUUUCACGCAAGACCAAUCAUUUAGGUUCAUCUAAGCAAAUGGCCAAGCAAAUUGCCUUUUCAGGAAUUUUAAGCAACAGGCGAGAGUUUAAUCCAGAUUUUUACAAUUGGAACAGAAUCAAGGUUAGGUACUGUGAUGGGUCAUCAUUUACAGGUGAUGUGGAAGCAGUCAAUCCAGCAAAUAGGUUGCACUUCAGAGGAGCAAGGGUUUUUACUGCUGUCAUGGAGGAUCUACUAGCAAAAGGAAUGAAAACUGCUCAAAAUGCUAUUAUAUCUGGAUGUUCAGCUGGAGGGUUGACUUCAGUACUGCAUUGUGAUCGCUUUCGAGCUCUAUUACCUAGAGGUGCUAGAGUAAAAUGUCUCUCAGAUGCUGGUUACUUUAUCAAUUCAAGGGAUGUCUCUGGAGCACAGCACAUUGCACAGUUCUUCAGUCAAGUUGUAGCCACACAUGGCUCUGCAAGGAAUUUGCCUCGAUCAUGCAUUUCAAGACUAAGCCCAGGGCUGUGCUUUUUCCCACAAUAUUUGGUAUCACAAAUCACUACACCAAUCUUCUUUGUAAAUGCAGCAUACGACUCAUGGCAGAUUAAGAACAUUUUGGCACCGGGUGUUGCUGAUCCUCGUGGCCGUUGGCAUAGCUGCAAGCUUGAUAUAAGCAAUUGCUCACCUGAUCAGAUCGGUCUGAUGCAAGGCUUCAGGACAGAAUUCUUAAGGGCGUUGACUGUCCUAGACAGCUCUUCAUCUAAAGGAAUGUUCAUAGACUCAUGCUAUGCCCAUUGCCAAACUGAAAUGCAGGAAACAUGGUUGAGAAGUGACUCUCCACUACUGGCCAAUACAACAAUUGCAAAGGCUGUAGCAGAUUGGUUUUAUGAAAGAAGGCCUUUCCGUCACAUAGAUUGUCCUUACCCUUGCAACCCCACUUGUCACAACCGCGUCUUUGAACCACAAGACGACCACCCAGGAAACAAUGUGUCCACGAAAGGAACGUCAGGUGCAUCGACCAGAAAGCCCAAAUUUCCGAAACUAACAAAUAAGGCACAAUGGAUUGAACUUUUGUGCAUUAAACAUGGGAUCAGUGGAUUUCUACUAACGUUGGUUGUUCUGGUCUUCCUAUAAAAGUUGAGUUGCUUCGCGGAUUAAUUACGAUCUACUGGACCAUCUCUCCUUUUGUCUACCAUUGCAGGACAAGAAGCAAUAAAAGUCAAUCCCAUUGAAAUUGAAUAGAAUCACUUUUUGACUUCAAAUAAACUCCAGACACAGAGCUUCAUAAUUGUACCCAAUCAAUGUAAGCUGGAACUUAGCUGCAAUUACUUGGCCUAAAUAAUUAUUUGGUGCUUUAUUUUGGGGGGAGGGUGUCUGUUUCUGCGCAUCUUUUGUAUGCGCUCUUUGUAAGAAACAUUUAAUUUUGUGAGGCAUGGAAGUUGUUCCUGUUUAAAUUGCUGAACUUUGAAGGGAAUACUCUUAUGUUGCUGGAUUCUCCCUCAUAUCUCCGUAAAUAGGAAUCUAGGAGGGUUCGGCCAGGGUUCUAUUACUGGUGAGGCAUAUGUCAUGAUUAUGACCUUGAUGAUUGUUUCUGGUUGUGCACUGGUUAGAGGUACUAAACUGUACUCUAUAUACAAAUAUGAACUAAAUAGCGGUUUAAGAUGUUAGCGGGGGAGUGUUAAGUAGGAAUUACACCAACUGCGUAAGUAUAUACGAGAAUCCCAUGAAUUGAAAGAUACAGUCGAUGGAAGUGUCCAUUAGAAAUUUAGAAAAUUUCAACUAAUUCAGG